CGGAGGAUCUAUCAAUGGUUUCGGUGUGAUAUACCAGGUAGGUAAAAUUGCGCAAAAAGGCCGAUGAUAGGAGCUUGUUCCUAACCGCUACCUCCUAAAGAGGUACCUAACCUAGUUGUCUCCGACUUACUCUUCAAUUGUAAAUAAUUGGUUUGCUUCCACUUAGGCUCCAACCCUUAUGCCGCCCCAUUGAGACAUUUCGAUUCAUUUCCUCAAGUCGACAGGCUGUCAAAAUAUAUUGUCCUGCUAUCCAUUGUUGUUGGUCUUGGUAUUGGUGGCUGACUUUAUCCCUAUUGGUCUUCAUAAGACGUCGGUGUACAAGCCCCUGGGAGUUAUUCCUGCUUUUCUUCCCCGCGAUCGCCCGCUUGUUGCACGCAUUCGACGCGGAAAUGGGAAGUCAUCAAGAUGCAAUGAACAGGUUUGGUGUGGACAAGAAAGAGCUGGAGCGUAUAGAGACGCGCGAGAACUCGAUUGACGAGAAACAAAGUCAGCAUAGGCAUUCGAGUCACUCGAGCCAUGCAUCAAUAGUAUCUGAAGAUACAGAUCCGUUGUCGCCGCUAGAGUUGGCGAUCUCACCUGGAGUGCAAGUUUUCGAGGAGGUCGCUCGUGUGCGUACGGUUACCAGUGUCGGGACAGCGGCAUCGCGGUUCCCAGAGUACGAGGUUUCGUUUGAGGAGAAUGACCCAGAUAACCCUCGGUACUGGCCGUUGUGGUACCGGUCUUGCAUUAUCUUCGCUAUUAGCUUUGCGUCAUGGGUGAUCGUUCUUUACAGCACUAGCUACACGGCAUCCACUCCUGGUUUGGUAGAUGAAUUUGGUUCUUCUACUACUAUAGUGACGCUCGGGGUUACGACUUAUAUGUUUGGCCUUGCUACCGGUAGUUUACUCGUGGCACCGGCAAGCGAGCUCUAUGGGCGCAGGCCCGUGUAUAUUGUUUGCUUGAUCGGCUUCGCAGCCAUGGUUAUCCCAACAUGCUUAGCAACUUCGCUGGCUGAGAUCCUUGUGGUUAGAUUCUUUGCUGCGCUGUUCGGGAGCGCAAUGAUAGCCAACAGUCCGGGGACCGUCGUGGAUAUUUCUACGGAAGAGACUCGUGCUCUAUUCAUGUCGCUAUAUUCGACUGCUCCAUUGAACGGUCCAGUGUUAGGUCCAGUGAUCGGCGGUUAUGUUUUUCAAUACUUGGGUUGGAGAUGGGAUAACUGGCUUGUUCUAAUACUUGCUGGACUUGGUAUUGUUUUCAUGUUUCUCACCAAGGAGACGUACGCCCCUAUCAUCCUUCAGAAGAGAGCGGCAAAAAAGCGCAAGGAGACCGACGAUGAAAGAUGGUGGUGUCGAUAUGACCAGAAGCUAUCCAAGGUGGCACUUAUGAAGGUUUAUUUAUUAAGACCACUCGAGUUUUUUAUCAAAGAACCCAUUCUAUGGCUUUUUAACGUCUGGAUUUCCCUAAUCUAUGGCAUCCUCUAUCUCUGCUUCGUUGCCUACCCCAUCGUAUUUUCCCAGCAUCGCGGCUGGGGUCCGGGCACUUCGGGUCUCGCCUUCAUUGGAAUCGGGAUCGGGUGCACUUUUGCAAUUGUCACUGAGCCUCUAUGGCGAAGAAUUAUCAACUCCCACCCGAAGGACCCUGCUACUGGUCGUGCGCCCCCUGAAGCGACAGCGCGUGUCAUGAUAAUAGGUGCUAUACUUGCUCCCAUCGGCCAGCUCGUCUUCAGCUGGACCUGCCUGCCCACAACCAUCCAUUGGGCUAUCCCUAUCGCCUUCGGCAUUCCCUUCGGCGCAGGUAAUACACUGAGCUUCAUAUACGGUUCUAACUACCUAGCUGGUGCGUACGGUAUCUACGCUGCAUCUGCACUGGCUGGUAAUACCGUAACUCGUAGUUUAUUUGGCGGCACUCUACCUCUCGCCGGGCCUUCUAUGUAUGCAAAACUGACUCCGCAGUGGGCAGGCACGCUUCUGGGCCUGUUAGAAGCUGCCAUGAUUCCUAUCCCUAUCAUCUUUUAUCGGUACGGUGAAAAGAUUCGCUCCAAGAGUACCAUUAUCCGGCAAAUGCGCGAAGACCAGGAGAAAAACGAACGCCGCGUCGCAAGGGCCCAGAGACAUAGAGAAAGAGUUGAAGCUGAGGAAAAUAGUGAUGCCCCAACUCUAAUGAAAGAAGUUGACGGAAACUCUACCGAUCUAGAGAAAGGCAUCCCCAGGCCGGCCGCGUCGGUUACGCGAGCCGACUGAGUGGAUGUGGUCCCUAUACAGCAAAGUAUAGUCCCAUGAUAAUACAUGCUAGUGUCGUGAUAGAUACAUAACGUCAAGCUAAACAAUAAGUUCUAUGAUGACGGAGAUAAGCCAAGGAAAUUGUCCGUUGGGGAUAUAUUGAGAAAUACAAGUAUAGUAGACGGCCCUCCAAUCACCUUAAAACGUUGUGAUUAAACACGAUGG